ACACACUCACACACACACACACACACAGAGCGCACGACGAGCAUGGCGGAUGCGGUGAGGCACGACCUGCGGGUGAAGCGACAGCUCUACACCCUCGUCAUCAGCCAACUGCUGUUGGACGGACACACACAGGCAGCGCGCGCACUCAAGACAUCCUUGGGUUUUGAUCGGGACGUGGCACCGUCCAGUGAACUCCUCGACACCUUCACAGAAGUGGCCAGUGAUGACCAGAAGCAGCUCGUGUCCUCCAUCACAACCGCUGCCCCUGGACCGGGCCUCCAGUUUAAGAAGGAAGUGGAACCUGCCUCUGUCAAGGCAGACUACAUUGAGACGCUCACGUCGCCACUCACUGGCAUUUGCAACUGCGCGGGGUUCUCAAAAGACGGCCAGCUGGUUGCAAUUGGAUGCCAGGAUGGCUCUGUACGCGUGUUUGAUGUCCCUGCCUCCAUUGCCGAGGGCAAAAACACCACCACUUCCACGGUCCUGUGCAAGAUGAUGGACGUUCGCACGCCCAUCUUUGCUGUCGCCUUUCACCCCAGCGCCAAGCUGCUUGUCGCAGGAUCAGUGAUGGGCAUGUACGUGUAUGACAUGUCAGACAACGUCGAGCCAAAGAAGUACAUUCAUCACAUCGAGGACUAUUUCCAGACGAAUGCGAUUGACUUCCACCCAUCUGGACAGUACCUCGCCGUGGCCACCGCCCACCCACAGAUUCGUCUGUAUGAGACGAAGAUGUGGAAGUGCUUCACUCUUCCCGAGGAGAGCCAGCACACUGCCCCCGUCACUGCGGCAAGCCGAUGGUGCGCUACCACCCGCACGCGUACUCGAUUGAGGCGCCCAGCGGCGCGGCUUGCGACGUGCUGCAAGGCCGGGGUGGUGAAGGUGUGGGACGUGGUCACGUCCACGUGCGUUCUCUCCUUGGAGGAUGUCUUUGAUGGCGCCGCCGGCCAAUCCCUGCAUCACAAGCAGGAGCAGGAGGAGGAGGUGGUGGACGUGCAGGUGAAGGGGGGUGAUGUGAAGGAGGAAGAAGGGAGAGAAGAAGGAAAGGAUGAAGAAGGAACGGAUGAAGGGGGGAAGCAACAGGAACACGUGAAGCAAGAGCAAGUCAAGCAAGAGACAGGGAAGCAACAGGAACACGUGAAGCAAGAGGCGAAGGACGGAGAGCAAGGUGGGCCGACGAAGCAAGAGGAAGGCAACAAUGCAUCCUCAGAGGCAACGGGGAGUGGCGAGGAAGAGCCACAGUCAACUGCAAUGGACACAGCGCCAGAAGCGCCCCCAGCAGCAGCAUCCUCCUGAAGCCACUGCGCGCCGCUGCUGCUGCUAUUGCUUUGUCGUCGACAUGCAUGCACGUCAGUGCUUGCUUUGUUUUGCCUCGCGUCUGCUAGGAAUAAACUGCUCUCACGUGGCACUUCAGUCACACACACACACACACGCGCGCGCGCGACAUCUGAAGCAGUCCAUUCCGUACCCCCCUCCCAUCUCCAAUUUGAUUCCUUAUGUCUGUCCCUUAGAUGACGCACUUGCGCCAUUUGACAUGAGGAUGUUGUGCAUUUAAUGAACACAACAAUCAAACCGCC